AUGAAUUGGCCGCCGCUGACCCCCGAGUGCUCCCAGGCGGUUGCAGACGUCCUGAAGGAUGUUGCGCAGCAGCGGCCGAAGGACCUCUUCGGCUUCGUCAUAGCAGAGUUCCAGAAGAAGAGCACGCUGGAUCCGAGUGAAUUCGAAGCCCACUUCUUGGAAUGCAAGCGGCAGUCUCGCACCUACGUGCUGGAAGACCGGUGUCCUGCCAACGAGGAUCCCAUGGUCUGGGUUCCCAUGCGCUACAACGAUGACACCAUCCUGAAACAGCAGAAGCUGGCCCACGAGCUCUGGAUGGACGUCCUCUCUGUCGAGGAGCUCCCGACCGGGAAGGAGCUCUUCGAUAGGGCUCUCGUCGCUUACCCUGAGCUGAACUACUUGCGGGACUCCCCGGCCGAGGUAGCGCCGUCCUAG